GCUAGGUGCUGAGGUUGUUUCUGCCGAUUCGUUGCUAUGACAUCAUUAGUAUAAUCUAACUUGACUUGAUCUUUCUGUUUUGACAAAAAAAAGAGGGUUUUCACCUUUAAAACAAACCUAGACUGUAUAAAACACCAGAUGAAAGAAAAUUGACACUUGAAAAAUCAAAAACUGCUGAGAAACAGUACACAUUUUUAACAGAGAUUAAUUCUAUUACGUCAUUUGAGCUCUCACUGAAUAUUGGGAAAACCCGUGACUAGAGGCUUUUGGCACAACCUUGGUACAACCCUUUCCAGAUAUUUUAUUGGAAUACGAAUUAAAUUGAAAUAAUUCAAGUGGGUAUAAGAUUGUAGGUAUACUGUGGAUGGUUUUCAUAUCAUAUCGUAUUUGUUUGGUAUUCCACGGACAGUUCAUAGAGUAUCAACAAGGAAUACUAAUAACUAGGAAAUUGGCAUUGUAAGGACGAUCACUGUCUAGCAAAGCGCGGCGCCGGACGGAGUGACGGACCGCCAUGUCGUCGGGUCGGCCCAUCAAGUGUGUCGUGGUCGGGGACGGCACCGUCGGAAAGACGUGCAUGCUGAUCUCCUACACCACCGACAGCUUCCCCGGAGAAUAUGUGCCCACCGUCUUCGACAACUACUCGGCGCCGAUGGUCUGUGACGGCAUCCCGGUCAGCCUGGGCCUGUGGGACACGGCCGGCCAGGAGGACUACGACCGGCUCCGGCCGCUCUCCUACCCUCAGACGGACGUCUUCCUGAUCUGCUUCUCGGUGGUGAGUCCGGCCUCGUUCGACAACGUCACCAUCAAGUGGUGUCCCGAGAUCAAGCACCACUGCCCCGAGGCGCCCGUCCUGCUUGUCGGCACCAAGACGGAUCUGCGCGAAGACAAGGAGACACUGCAGCAGCUCUCAGAGACGGGCAUGUCGCCCGUGAAACGCGAGCACGGACAGAAGCUGGCCAAUAAGAUUCGCGCCGUCAAAUACAUGGAGUGCUCGGCAUUGACGCAGCGAGGGCUCAAACAGGUGUUUGACGAGGCGGUGCGGGCCGUCCUGCGACCGGAGCCGCUCCGGAGGCACCAGCGCAAGUGUGUCGUCAUGUAGCCGCCUCAUCCACCGCGCCCCCCGCGCCCCGCGCCGCCGCGGCCGUACCGCCGACCCGGCCACCUCUGCUGAGCCGCGGCGGGCACUGGGCGCUUCCUUCAGCUGUCUCCCGGCUACCUCCCCUCGCCGAGUUGCGGCGGUCGGCGGGGUCUCUUCCACGCACAGGAGGCGGCCGAUCAGGCUGUCUCCGUCUCUCAGCGGACGGCCGGGACUGACGAGGCCGCCCGUCGCCGACGGCCGGCCGGCGCGUUUUCAGGGCGGUGGAGCCUCGCGUGACUUCGUGUGCGCUCUGUCUGCCCGUCUGCCGGCGCCCCGCCCCUCGGUGGGCCGGCAGGGCAGAGGGAGCGCGCGGCGCCACCAAUACUCAGUGCUAGUCGGCCGGCGGGCCCCUGUCUCCGCGACGCAUAUCCGGACUAACUAACCACUAACGAGAGGCCGGCCAGCCGAAAGUCUUUCCGCGCCCGGCCGCGCUGCCGUCUGGCCGUCCGCGCCGCACCUCUUUGCGGACGACCCGCCUCCGCGCGGGGCGGGCGGAAUCUCCGAUCAGCUGCUAUCGCGGGAGCCUGAGUGUCAGAACGCGCGCGAGUUCAGGUCGGAGUGAGUGACGGACAUAUCUGAGGUUGCGUCGAAACUUUGGCGCGCCGUCCGCCGCGUGAACUGUGCGUCCGAGUGGGUGUUAGCGUGUGCUGUAGUGAGCCUGAGCCUAUCGGUGUGUGAGAUGGGUGCCGCGAGAGUUACCAGAGUGCUGGCGGGCGCUUUAACGGUCCGCUGGCACCGCCCCGGGAGCCGCCUGGCGGCGAGGGGCGCCGACGGACCGAGCCGACCGCCCGGCGUAGUGGAGGAACGGGAAGUGGAGAGGUCUGGCGGACCCCGCGACACUCCGUCAAUGGAGCGUGUUACCGAGAGACUCGACACUCGGUAUAGCAGCGCGAUCGGUCUGCUUCGGUAGGGGAUUCGAGCGCAGCGUGCUUCCCGGUAGCUGGCCGUUCUCUUGGCCCUUGUUGCGUGUUGACCCGUUCACAGUCAGAGCGAGGGAGUGGAGCGGCGCCCGGUUGUGUCAGCUGUUCUGAUUUGAUGCGGAGACCCUGGCGGCGACCGCUACCACCGCUGACACAUGGACGACAGCAGUGUAAGCUCUACAUGGAGAGAAUGGGUGACGCCUUGACGUCGAGCGCUCGCGUGUGCGUGUGUGUUGCGUGUGUGCUGACCCUCUGUGACGCAGCCGAGCGAGGCGAAUCGACUGGGCCUGGCAUGAUCUGUCUGUGAGCAGGGGUCGCGGCGCGCUGGGCAGUCUAACGGGCAUCUCUGCUGGGGCAUUGUUGUAUUGUUGGUGGCUUGUGCCGCCGCCGCCGCCGCCUCUUCUGACGAUGGCUCGGACCAGCUCCAUAGAGAGACUCCGAGACAGGCUCUUCCCGCGGCGUUUUGAGACGUUUCUACGCACGAGCGACCGCUGAAUGUCGGUGGUACUAUUAUUUAAUACCAUUUUGUUUACCCA